AAACAGUAUCUUGCUUUAAGGGUAAAGGCUUUAAGUUAGGCUUAGUCAGGACGCAGGAGCAGUUCAUCGUAAAAUCUGAAAUUUCACUGAUAAAACCGCGUUAAGUUAACGUCAAGGUUCCAUCAGAUAUUUGUUAGGGUCUUCCCGAAUGUUAAUCGCUUAUUGUUAGUUGUUGAGCACGUGGGAGAUUUCAACGAUGUCGCACAGGCCUUUCAUGCCGUUUUCCCCACCACUAGAGCAUUAUACCUAUCCAACUUCACCAUCCUACCCACCUCCAUUAGAGCAUUAUGCCUACCGUCCGUUAUCAAACUGCAGUACAUCAAUGAAUGUCUAUGGUGAAGCAUCCACCGCCAACUAUUACUCUCCUGAGCCAUCAUUUGCUGAAUUGCAAGCAUUCUGCAAUAGGAGUAGAAAUUCUACCAUUGGAAGUGCUUAUGCCCCAUCUAUUUCGGGUUCAGAUGUGCAGUCUCAGUACGAUGUAGCUGAUUUGAUUACAAUCAAUGAUAGUUGCUUUCCUAGAAGCAGGAACUCCUCAGCAGCGAGUGUUUCUGCCCAGUCUCUUCAGGAUUUUUGUAGCGAUGCACAAUCUUCACUGAACGAUGGCAGCACCGAUUACGGCUCUGCGUACAACGGAAAUGACAAUGAAGAUGAUGACGAUGAUGACGGAGCGGAUUGGUUUGACUUGGAAGCUCUUGGUUUAAAUAUCGACGACCUAGACGAAAAUGAGUUAGACUCUCCUACAUGGAGGUUUGACUUCCCUUUACCUACGUUACCCGUCGUGCCCGUACAGGAACUGAAAACGGAGAACUUCGAUGGUCAAAUUUUCUACGUUGAUGAUGAAGGGUACGUGCAAGUUUACACGCAAGGAGAAUGUCGAGUCCCUUUUCGUGAAAAAGCAUCUAUUGGAGUCUGGUUCGGACCAAAUCAUUCAUCAAAUGUCAGCGAACGUCUUCAUCGUGGCCGCCGAACUCAGGAGGCAGCACGGUUUGCCGCGGUGAUAGAAGCCAUACGCGUUGCCGGAUCUCAUGGGAUUACAAAAUUGCAGAUUAACACAGAUUACGAGAACAUAAUCCGAUUCAUGCUUUACUUCAUUUUGAAAUGGGAACAAAACGACUGGAUGACAUUGCGCGGUCAUCAUGUCAGGAACAGAGUUUUCAUCCGUGAGCUGGACUACUUUUCACGUCUUCUUGAUAUUAAAUGGAACCUUGUUCCGGCUUACGAAUGCGCCGAAGGCAAUUUAGAAGCUACUCAAUUAGCUAUAGAAGCGCUUGACCUGAAAUUACCAAAAAGGAAGCCCACCUCAGAAAAUAUGGACGUCGUUAACGAUUGCCAAAACGAGCAGGUAGCCCAGCCUGUUAAUGGAGAGGGUACGAAAAAGCGACGUUUUGUUCCCAUUGUGUAUUAAGAAUUGUUUUCUAUUCUUCUACCUUUUGGGUUUUCGUUGAUUCUUCGUUCACAGAAACUUUUCCCUAGAGUUGUUUUAAUGUUAUUAAGUAUUUCGUAAUUUAACUUCACCUUAACUAGGUAUAAUCGAACUUGUCCCAACCGUAUAGGUACAUUUGUGUUGAUAACCGUUAAUUUAACCGAGAAGGAAAUGCCACUUUUUGUUGCUCCGUUGUUUGGAAAGAAAUUUUCUACUAUAAAGGAAGUAAAGUACAGGCUACGUGCCUUUUCCCUGUUAAUCAAGAAAUACAGUCGAAAAUCGUGUAAAGCA